AUGGAAGUAAUGGGUUAUGGAGGUAAAACAAGUAGUCAACAAACAGAAUUAGAAAUGGAACAAUAUAUAAGUAGUUUAUAUUUAACUGAUUUCUCGAAUAUGUUGUUGGCUAUACAUUCAGCUACAAAUUGGUUAAUAUUUUAUAAAUGGCCAGAAUGUAAAGAAAAAAAAGUAAAACGUUUUGCAACAAGUUUAACACUUUCGGCUUCUUCUAGAGCCGAUUGGUUAAGAGGAUCAGCACCAAUAGAUUCUACUUCAGCUGAACAAGCAUUAAAUAAAUUUAGAGAAUUAAAGAAUGAAAUAUGUGCCGAUAUACUUUCUUCGCUUUGCAAUACUUGUUCUUCAAUUGGAGAUGCUUUAGGUAUCGAUAAAAUUCAAAAUCGACCAAUUACUCCUCAAUUAUUCCUAAAUAAUACAGAAUUACUUCAACAUACUAAUUUACUUGGAAAUAUUAUUGAAUCAGUACUUAUUCCACUUGCCCGUCCAAAUUCCGAAGAGAACGAUAUUAUUGAAUGGAGGGAUUUUUGUAGACAAAUAGGUUAUCAAUAUGCACAAAUUAAUGGAUGUUUAAAUGCUGAACAAUGGAAAAUUGUUAGAUGGAAAUUAGUACUUGCAUUAAGUGGAAAUAGAACACGUUCAAUACAGAUAGAUGACAGAUUAUUAAUUAAUAAUGGAAAUAUUAAUAAUAAAAAUAUAAAUAAUUCUUUAUUAAAAAAUAAUAAAGAAAAUUAUACAAUUGGGCAGAAGAAGAGAAAAAUUUGGCAUCAAUUCUCUUCCCCUUCAGAAAAUAAAAAUAAUAAAACAACAUUAACAACAACACCAACAACAACAACCUCAAUAACUCCAAAUAAUCACCAAAAAGCUUUAGUUAGAACAUUUAAUUGUACUUUAAGAGAAAUGAAAAAUGGGGCUUUAUGUGCUUUUGUUGAUUCUAGUCAAAGACAAAUGACUUCAAGAAAUGGAUAUAAAAAUAUUGGAAAAUAUGGAGAAAGACAAAAAAGGGGUAAAAUAAAUUAUUAAUUGCCCUCCCUCAAAUAAUUACCUCGCUUCUAUUAAAUACCUCCUUUAGCGUGAGGUCGAAACAAUACCCAGGGUAAUUAAUAAAAGUUUUAUGGUAUUUUUAAGUAAAUUUAUAAUAAAAUAAUUUUAAAAAAAUAUCGAGAGGACACAUAAAACAUACAAAAUAAUUUUAGAAUUGAAAAUAAAUUAAAUUUCAUUAAAGACGAGGGGAGGGGGGUUUCAAGCCAAUCCUUUAAGUAAGAAUAUUUGCAAAUAAAUGUCAAUAUCGUUUUAAGGUGGAUAUUGUUAAAUAUAAGCUUAUUCAAAGGGUUUUACGGAAUUUCACAAUGAUGAUUUCCAACUACUAAACAUUUUUUAAAUUUUUUCCAGAUUCUUCAGUUUCCCAACAACAAUAUGGAAUAGCUCCUAUACAUUUAAUUAAACGUUUAAAUUGGAUUAAUGGCCCUCCAGCUGGUGUAGUUGCCAGAGCCAUAUUUCCUAGGCCAUCAACUUCCCAGGAUUCUUUUAGUUUAGUACUUACAACAAAUGAAAAACAAUAUUUGAGGGAUGAAGAAAAUAUAGAAAAUUAUGAAAAUGAAGAAAAUAAAAGAAGACUUUCUAAAGGAAUUGUUGAU